ACGUGUGAUGUUUUCCAUCGAGACGCUUGCACAUCGUCGAAGUAAAACAACCCAUCUUUUUGUUUUAUUGCUUGUUAAAUAUUUAUUGAAGUGCAGUAUUAUUAAUUUUUCGAUUUGUCUUUUGUUUAAACAAGCAGUACCUAGCAGCUGUACAACAAGUUAGAUGAGUUUUGUGGAUGUUUUUGUUGGUAACUACAUCGUCAUAGACUUUGAUCUGUACCAUCUAUGGCUCAGUGGGCGCUCAUUGAACGAAUGCUGUGUUGUUCUGCAACAGAGGGGUGUAUUACAGUCAACUGGUGCGAGGUACGAGGAGCUGGUCAGUGAUACGAAGGACAGUUUCCGAUUGUUUGCUAAUCUAGAACAGUUGUUAAAAUGGCCGACAAAGUUUGGAGAGCAGCACUUGUACCAGAUUGAUCCACUUACACAAAGAAAUCUAAUCGAAAAAUACUACCAAUUUGAUGAUGUAGUUAUCAGAGAGAUUCUUGGCCGCAAAUUGUCAACAAAAAAUCGAAACAACUUAGACGAUGUUAGUGACAAAACAAGAAUACCACUGAGAAGUUGCUGUCGACAGUUUGACAAUGUAAAGAGAGUGUUUAAGACUGUAGAAGAGAUGCCAGGAUCCCUGGAGAAAAAUAUCAAGACUAAUUUCUGUAUAAUGUCGGAUGAAUUAGCAAAGAAAUAUGCUGCAAUUGUUUUCAUGGCAAAUCAUCGUUUCGAGACAGGGAAGAAGCGUUUAAGCCAUCUGAAAUUUGAUGAUUUCUUGUUCUGUACAGAGCACAUGAUUGUCAACUGGUCCUAUAGUGCAGCAGAGUGUGAUAAUCAUGAAGAUAUGGAUGUUGAUUUAGACAGAAUGUUUUUACAGGAACUUAGAGACCUGAAAAUACUCACUGAGAAAGAAUAUCUCGAUGAACAUAAAAAUUACUUGAUGAACAGUUUGAAAACCAGUCUGACGAAGAAAAAGAUAGUCGACCUUGAGGAUAAUUUUAAGAACUUGUCAAAAUCAAUCAUCUCCAUUGCUUAUGGAUUAAACCACAGUAAAGAAGUCCGAAAUUACUUUGUAGAUGUCAUAGAAAAGGUUAUAGAGCCAUUCAUGAUGGCCAUGUGGACUGAGGAUGAUAUGGCACGAUUCCUGAACAUGUACAAAGAGUCCUGUUUAAGAUUAUCUGUCUUCAGAACUUUACCAAACCUGGUUACAGUAUGGGAGAGAUAUAUGAACACCUUCACCAAAUGUUGCCUAAAGAUGUACCGUAACUAACUGUGCAACCAUUAUUCUUCAUGUUCAUUUACGAAGCCUUGUCAAAUGUAUAGCUGUGUCCAACGAUAUUUCAAAUGAGUUUUAAAACCAGUCUAAGAUCUUCAGCAUUUGAUUGGUUGAUUCUGAGGUGAAUCUAACAAUUAACCAAUGGCAAGGUUUCAAGUUGUAUUCGGAGACUGGUUGCCAAGCUCAGAUUUUUAUGUUGAAUCCUGUUGUUACUUCUCAUGUUAUUUUUCAAGAGACUGUGAAAACACAUUAAUCAAACUGUAGCAUUGUGUUUCCUCAGCUGUGCAACAAUUCAUUCUUAAACUGCUGGUCCAUUAGAAAAUUGCAAUGUAUGUAUUUUAGAAGUUGGUGAUGAAGUUCAUGCAUUUACUUUCUGCUGAUCACCUUUAUUGGUAUUAAAGACAGAUGUAGAACACCCCCUGUUCUUGUGCAUCUGUUACUGUAAAAUAAUUUAAUUUUGUGGGCAUUAAAUGUCAUAAAUGGAUUUGGCAAAAACAACCAUUUCUUGAGGACAUGAAUAUGUUGAUUUCAAAUUUUAAGAAUGACAUAAAUGGAAUGUUUUUAGCUCACCUGUCACAAAGUGACAAGGUGAGCUUUUGUGAUCAUGUGGUGUCCGUCGUCCGUCCUUGCGUGCGUCCGUCCGUGCGUGCGUGCGUCUGUAAACUUUUGCUUGUGACCACUCCAGAGGUCACAUUUUUCAUGGGAUCUUUAUGAAAGUUGGUCAGAAUGUUCAUCUUGAUGAUAUCUAGGUCAAGUUCGAAACUGGGUCACGUGCCGUCAAAAACUAGGUCAGUAGGUCCAAAAAUUGAAAAACCUUGUGACCUCUCUAGAGGCCAUAUAUUUCACAAGAUCUUCAUGUGAAUUGGUCAGAAUGUUCACCUCGAUAAUAUCUAGGUCAAGGGCGAAACUGGGUCACAUGCGGUCAAAAACUAGGUCAGUAGGUCUAAAAAUAGAAAAACCUUGUGACCUCUCUAGAGGCCAUAUAUUACACAAGAUCUUCAUGAAAAUUAAUCAGAACGUUUAUCUUGAUGAUAUCUAGGUCAAGGUUGAAAGUGGAUCACGUGCCAUCAAAAACUAGGUCAGUAGGUCAAAUAAUAGAAAAACCUUGUGACCUCUCUAAAGGCCAUAUUUUUCAUGGGAUCUGUAUGAAAGUUGGUCUGAAUGUUCAUCUUGAUGAUGUCUAGGUCAGAUUUGAAAGUGGGUCACGUGCCGUCAAAAACUAGGUCAGUAGGUCAAAUAAUAGAAAAACCUUGUGACCUCUCUAGAGGCCAUAUUUUUCAAUGGAUCUUCAUGAAAAUUGUUCUGAUUGUUCACCUUGAUGAUAUCUUGGUCAGUUUCGAAACUGGGUCACGUGCCAUCAAAAACUAGGUCAGUAGGUCUAAAAAUAGAAAAACCUUGUGACCUCUCUAGAGGCCAUAUAUUUCAUGAGAUCUUCAUGAAAAUUGGUCAGAAUGUUCACCUUGAUGAUAUCUAGGUCAAGUUUGAAAGUGGGUCACGUGCCAUCAAAAACUAGGUCAGUAGGUCAAAUAAUAGAAAAACCUUGUGACCUCUCUAGAGGCCAUAUUUUUCAAUGGAUCUUUAUGAAAAUUGAUCUGAUUGUUCACCUUGAUGAUAUCUUGGUCAGUUUCGAAACUGGGUCACGUGCGGUCAAAAAUUAGGCCAGUAGGUAUAACAAUAGAAAAACCUUGUGACCUCUCUAGAGGCCAUAUUUUUCAUGAGAUCUUCAUGAAAAUUAGUGAGAAUGUUCACCUUGAUGAUAUCUAGGUAAAGUUCAAAACAGGGUCACGUACCUUCGAAAACUAGGUCAAUAGGUCAAAUAAUAAAAAAACCUUUUGACCUCUCUAGAGACCAUAUUUUUCAGUGGAUCUUCAUGAAAAUUGGUCGGAAUUUUUAUCUUGAUAAUAUCUAGGUCAACUUCAAAACUGGGUCACAUAAGCUCAAAAACUAGGUCACUAUGUCAAAUAAUAGAAAAAACGACGUCAUACUCAAAACUUGGUCAUGUGGGAAGAGGUGAGCGAUUCAGGACCAUCAUGGUCCUCUUGUUUUCUUGUUGGGAUUUAAUUUGUAGGCUGAAACAACAUGAAAUCUAUGAAAAGUAACCCCCCCCCCCCUCCCCAGAGUAACGAUAAUUGUUUUACAGUAUUUUGCAGACACUGUGAAAGGGCUAUUAUACUGUGCAAUUAUACUUGUGUUUCCUUUUUAUCUGACAGCAUAUAUGUUGGAAUGCUUGAAGGGACCAUAGGUACUGAUCAGUAUGUUUAGAAAACAUGCAUUCCAUUGGUCAUUUAUCAGAAGCUUUACUGUGUUGCUUUAACAUUUUAUCUUUUUAUUGUAAUAAUUACUGAUUUAUUUGAAAAUAAAGGUUCUGUAAAGUAAAAA